UCCAUCUGUAGUAGUAACAAUCUAUUUUUUCUGUCCAUUAACUAUUCAUUAUCGAUUUUUGCUCGAUCAAAAAAGAAAUUUGGAAUUUAAGCUUAAAAUCAAAACAAGUGGCAUAUAAAAAGACAUUAUAAUGUUGAUUCAUUAAAGAGCUGUUGAGUUGAAAAUUUAAAGAUAAUUCCUCAGUACAUCUCAAAAAGACAUGGAUGAUUCACCGAAUUCGUAUUUCCCUUGUGUACUAGAAAGAAUCUCUGAGAUUGAAAAUAACUUUUUGUCAAAAAAAGAGAAAGAAAUAGAACAAGAUCUUUAUUCAAAUGUUGCAGUUGAAAAUGAAAUACUUAUCCAACAAGACAAAGAAUAUCAAAUUCAAUCAAAUGAGCAAAGAACUACAAGAGUGUGCACUGAAAAAAGUACAGAUUUGAAGUAUGAGAAAUUAAGAUCAACUAUCAAGACAAAAUGGGAAAUGAUGCAGCAAAUGAAGUCAAACAAUGAAAGCAUUAACGUGAAAAUGGAGCAAAUAAUUAAUUAAAUUUACUUUGAAGCUUUCCAACAAAGUUUCGUAGCAGCGAGUACUCUAGAAGAGAAAUUGUAUUUGAAUAUACAAGAAGAAGAAAUUUUGGAAGAUUUUGAUAUGUAUGGAAUAAAAUUUGUUGAAGAACAGAAAUACACCGCAAAGGAUCUGGAAAGAGAGGUUCAUAUGCUUCAAAAAGAAAAGGGAAUAAGAAAUCCGACACCAGGUAUACCCAUCAAAAAAGUUGUGAAAGAGCUGAAGUUUGUUCCUUUCUUGGUCAAUAAAUUGCUGGAGCUCAAUGAAAUUAAAACAAGUACAAAAGAAAAGUUGUUAGGAGAAUUCUUUCAAGGGGACCAUAUUUAUGCUUCUCUAUAUGAAUCAUAUUUGAGUGAUGACAGCACUGAACAAUUUGCAGAGCUAAAAAAAUCUGCUGAAAGAGCUAUGAUGGCUCUCCUAGAUAACACUAUUUGUUCUUGGGAAGUAACAAAACUUGAGGAUAGUGAAGUUCCAAAUUUGUGUCUUGAAAAUGAUGUACAAGGGAUACAAAGAAUGGGGAAAGAGGUUGAGCAAGCUUCUGUUGAGAUUCAAACGGUUGGGGAAGAGGAGGAAAACAUUGAAAUCGUAACAAACAUGAAAGCGAAAACUGAAUGAGAGCUUACCUUGAGCCAACUACACGAAGACUGUUUUCUUCCUGAAACUUUGGUACCUGAAAACUUAUGUGGAAAAGUUCUACAAAGUUCACAAAAAAAUAGCCCACCCUUUUCGUUAGGAUUUGGUUUUUCGACAAAAGAUAUUGAACAUGCUUUUUUUUUUCA